AUGCUUUCAGCAUCGAGCCAUCCCGAGUCUUGCGCCUCGUCGAGACCGGAAGACAGCAUCUACAUCGGCACAAUCGUUCUCGCGGCCGUCGGUCUGCUCUUCGCUCUCAUAUGCAGAUUCUUCAUUCUCCCGGCCCGCAGAAUCGCCACACGACAUGGACCAGAGCUACAGCGCCUUCUGCCGUCCUCUAUGCACGCAUUCAAGAAUCGCAACCCGGGCAUGACGGACAGCGAAGUCGAGCUCACCUCCUUCCUGCUCAUGUGGGUCACCUUCCUCAUCGGCUGCGGCAUCCUCCUCGACUUCGAAGAAGGCUUUUGGCAUCCUGCGGCCCUCGUGUUGGCGGCAAUUCUCCCAUUCGCUGUCAUUGCGUUCGGAUGGUUCUGGCUGGCAUGGCAGCGUCCUACCCGCACGGCUUUCCUCGACGAGUGGGAUGACGAAAAGCUGGAAGAUGACUUGUUCUAUCUGGCCGAUGACUCGGAUCAAGAGUCUCAACAUACCCUUAUCUGA